AUGUCACUGGCAUCACCUUUAUCAGUAGGGGACGCGAUUCUGCUGGGCAAAAUUGCUUACGAAGUGGGAAAGGCGUUCUCCUCGGGCGCCAAGUCGGCUCCCGCCGAAUUUACAGAGGUUCAGAGCCUGCUUUUCUCUAUGGGCGAUGCACUUGAUCUGGUCAGCAAGACCUUCAGGGGACGGACUGAACAGGACGUCCAAGAGGAGACAGCUGCCAAACUUGAUGGGAUCCUAGAAAACUCUCAGACCGUCUUGAAGUCACUGGAACAUUUCGUCGACAAGUACUCCGUGCUAGAAGCCUCUCAGGCUUCGAUUUCAGGAGCCAAUAGUGCGAGGGUGUGGAAGAGGGAGAUUUUAAAGAACUUCAAAAAGGUGGCAUGGACAGCAGAGGGUGAGGGUAUUGUCAAACUCAAGCAGACGCUGACCGCACAUGUUCAAGCCCUAAACUUGGCAGUGGCCGCUAUGAAUGGAAAGAAACAGGCAAUCAUGCACGAAGAUGUGUCUGACACACGAGAACAUGCCCAGGAUAUGCGGAUCAAGAUUGAUGAAAUCCACGCGUGGUACGAAGAAAACCUCAAACUUAACCCACAGUCACAUGAUAGUCCUCGUCACAACAGGCGCUCGUCUCACGACGCUGGUAGCUUUGCGCUCUAUGAGGAGCGCGGAAAUGUGCGGGUGCUCGUCGAGCGCCAGCUCUCACAAUUUGCCGCACACCCUAAUUCAAUCAAAUACACUGCCAAAUUGCUGAACGUGGUGUUCCGUACCACCAGCGGAGCCUUCACCGUUGGCCGCCUCAGUUCAAUACAAGUUCUACAAUAUGGGACCACUUGGCAUCCCGACCGCCUGGUUGAGCCGGCGCCUGCGCAGUUCCUUCCACAAGCACAUGUCAACAUGGUUCUGAACUGUCUGUCGGACGACCCUCAAGCACAGAAAUGCUUCACAGUCAGAGUGAACCAAGACACGAAUGUCUCUGUAAUGGAAAGCCCGAGAUAUGUCGCAAUUGAAGAUGCAAUAUGCUUUCAGGAGAUCAUAAACGCAGGGUCUCAGGGCUCUUCCCCUUCUGACCCAGUCGAAUGCUCUAAGAUCACGUUGGAAUUCUCAGACUCAGCAGACGCACAGGAAUUUCUUGCCGAUCUAAAAGACGCCAAGCAGAAGCUUCGGAUGCAGUACCUGCAGCAAGUGAGAUGGGGGGAUAAGCUCAUCGGCCAACUGGACCUGCCUGGCGAGCUUAUAAUUCGCAAUCUUGUUUUACAGAGCGUCCAGCUCAAGGUCAUCCUAGAUCAGGUGACCGGUGUGUUUCGAAUGGCACUCGUGCGCCGUGAUCACUCGGCCUGUGUUACUUUCGAAUUACCACCGAAUUUUCUUGACGACCUUGCAGCCGGCAAGGAGUCGGGGUAUGAGGAUCAUCCUGCCUGGUUCAUGGACAUUGGCAAAGAUCGAAUUACUAUCAUCAAGCAAGAAUCAGGCAUGGAUCCCCUUGUCGCGCUGUCUAAGGCCUUUCAGGACUCCAAGAAGGGGAAGAAUGAUCAAAUUGAGAUCGAUGACAUGCUGCCUGAUUCAGAUUAA